AUGUCGUCAACGGUUGAAAAAGAGGAUUUAUUCGGGUAUUGGUUUUUGAUGAUGUGUUUUGAGGAUCCGCGAGUCUCUGAACACAUCGGGAUAUUGAUCCGCAAUGACCAAGGAGGAGGAUAUUUUACGGUUGAAGUCGAAGUGAGAAAGGUCAAGAAGUACACAGUGAUGGAGGCUACUAAGAAGUGCAAUUGCAAGGCGCAAGAGGAGAUGGACAUUAUGCGAUAUAUGUAA